AAAAGGUUGUUGUUCGAUUUGAGUAUUGAGUUGAAUCAAAGAUUGGUCCUUUUUCUCUCUUUUAUUUUUUAAGUUUGUGUGAUAUCUCAGGACGCUUUUACUGUGCUUCCCCCUCUCAUCAAAUUCUCCGUCCCUACUAGUUUCGAUCAAGUUUUGUACGAAAAGCAAGAAUCUUUAAGAAAAAACAAGAGUGUCCUGUCUUUAUAAUCAAGCAUGUCCUUAAAACUCUGAUCAGAUCCGGUUUAAUAAUAACAGAGUAUAGUAGAUUCACCAUCUGUAAUACUUUUUUUAUAAUAAAAAAAGGCCAGAGAGAGAGAGAGGUUAAGAAGAUAGAUAGAUUAUAGAUUAGAUUAGAUUACCCUUUUCUUUUGGUUCUUUUGUGUGUGUGAGUGAUAUGGGAAACGUGAACGCAAGAGAAGAAGAAGAAGAAGCCAAUAGUAACCACCACAACGACAACGACGCUGAGAUUCGCUCUCAUCAAGCUCCCGACUUUACACCCUCCGAGCAGCUCAUGGGUGGUCAUCACCAUCAAUCUCCUCCUCACAGCCCUCGCGCCACUCAAUCUCCUCUCAUGUUCGCUCCUCAGGUUCCGGUGAUUCCUCUCCAAAGACCAGACGAAAUCCACAUCCCUAACCCUUCCUGGAUGAUGCAAUCGCCUUACGAAGAGGCUUCCAACGAGCAAGGCAUCCCCACCAUGAUCACUUGGUGCCACGGUGGCAAAGAGAUCUCUGUGGAAGGAUCUUGGGAUAAUUGGAAGUCAAGUCGGUUACAGAGAUCUGGAAAAGACUUUACUAUAAUGAAAGUACUCCCUUCAGGUGUCUAUGAGUACAGGUUCAUCGUCGAUGGUCAGUGGAUGCACGCUCCUGAGCUCCCUUUUGCUCGUGAUGACGCUGGCAACACUUUCAACCUUUUGGACCUCCAGGACUAUGUUCCUGAAGACAUUCAAAGCAUAUCCGGGUUCGAACCUCCGCAAUCUCCUGAGGCUAGUUACAGCAGCUUGCUUCUGGGAGCUGAGGAUUAUUCUAAAGAGCCGCCUCUGGUUCCGCCGCAUUUGCAGAUGACUCUGCUGAACUUGCCUCCGGCCAACCCUGACGUGCCGUCGCCGCUGCCGAGGCCUCAGCAUGUGGUUCUCAAUCAUCUUUACAUGCAGAAGGGGAAAAGCGGUCCUUCUGUUGUUGCCCUUGGUUCCACUAACCGGUUUCUAGCAAAGUAUGUAACCGUGGUGCUCUACAAGUCCCUCCAGAGAUAACUUGCUCUUAUCUAGCGAAGUUAUUAUUGUAAGGCCGACAAAUCUCCUCUUUUUUUUCUGGUUUUGGUUUGUGGCUUUCAUGUUUUUACAACAGUAGUUAUCACACCUGCAAGUCUUUAUAUUAUUGUUUUGGAUUUCAAAUCUAGGCAGAGUCAUGUGUGACUGUGGCAGAUGAUGAUUAUAUAUGCUUCUCUGCAACUA